CUACGAGUCGUCGGAGAGUGAGACGCUCGUUCAGCAGAUGGAGAUGGAAAAGCAUCCAAACGCUCCUAGUAGUACGGCCAGGAGCCCCUAAUAGCUUUUUUUACUAGUAGCGAUGCCAGGAGCCCCUAGUUGCGUCCUUGCUCCUAGAUGGAAAAACACCCGAGGCAGAGACCGAUAGCGAGGAUGCGAUAGCGAUCUGGAAUAGCGAGAACCGAGGGUGGUGGAGUGAGUGAUGCGACGACUGCGCGGAGCUACUGUUGCUCCGGCUGACGGGUGGGAAGGCUUUGCAGACAGGUUCCGCUUUGAUGUGGAGGAAUGGUGUAGCAGUGAGUUGAGGGGUGAAGCAGCUGCUUGCAUCUUUCCAUCCACUGUUUCACGGGAACAGCUGCGAAGCACACUCACAUUCCUUCCCUUGCACAUAGAAUCCUCCAAUUCGCCGAGUUUGUUUCGUUGCCAGAGGUUUUCCAACACAAACUCGGGCGCCGCCAAUUCGCAGAACGCGUUCCGUCUCGAACGGGACUCUUGCGGUGACUUAAUCACUACGUGACGCUUGGCACGUGAUUUGCUUGGAGA